AGAAGGCAAAGGACCCCAGCUCGGUGUGAUUUACUCGGUAAUGAGUGAUGCUGCCGUUUUUGCCAUAUCCCCGUUGAACCACAGGCUACAUCGAACGGCUGCCAUGCUAUGUUAGUGGAUCUCUACGGAAAUAUUGUCCUCUUUCAAUUCAAGUCCCACACACGGGCCUCUCCAGCUGUGCGACGCGGCGCUGGCUCCUGGUUGAGCAGCGGCAGGACGAUGGCACCAGGCUGGACCGUCUCCCUGCAUUUGUCCUCGGUGGUCUAUUAAGAUUUUAAUUAGCCGAUAACAAACACACCUUUGACAUUUACGACGGGCCGAUGUUGGAGCGACUAUAAACGCCCCGCUCUGAUUAUGGAAAGGGAGUCCAGGUUUGAAGACCUCUGAUCAUAUUGGGUCCACGGCCAGCCAGGUGACCAAUCAGGCGACAGCCAGGCUUCGCUGAGGAGGGAGACCAGCAGUGAGACUGGAAGAGUGUCUCUCCUCACCCACACUGCUUCACCCACCCUGCUCCACCCGCAGCACCAUGUCCAUACCCAGCAUCAGCCCAGAGAGGGAGGGUAGCGCUCUUCCUCAUCUGGAGUGCCCUUCUUCCCCUUCCGGCAUGGACCAGGACCCACCAUCGACUGGAAGCCCGGUGCUCAGCCCGGACUCAUCUUCCCAUGAUGCAACGCUGUCGGCACCAGCAGCCUCUCCUGCAGACUCGGAGAACCUGAGUCCAGAUGAACUGGAGCUGCUGGCCAAACUGGAGGAGCAGAACAGGUUGUUGGAGGCUGAUUCCAAGUCCAUGCGUUCGAUGAGCGGCUCCCGGCGCAACAGCGGCUCCUCGCUGGUGUCCAGCUCCUCGGCCUCCUCCAACCUGUCUCACCUGGAGGAGGACACCUGGAUCCUGUGGGGCCGCAUCGUCAACGAGUGGGAGGAGUGGAGACGCAAGAAGGACAAACUCCUGAAGGAGUUGAUCAGGAAAGGCAUCCCUCACCAUUUCCGGGCCAUCGUCUGGCAGCUGCUGGGCAACGCCACCGACAUGCCGGUGAAGAACCAGUACUCGGAGCUGCUAAAGAUGUCGUCCCCGUGCGAGAAGCUCAUCCGCAGAGACAUCGCCCGCACCUACCCCGAGCACGAGUUCUUUAAAGGCCAGGACAGCCUGGGGCAGGAAGUCCUCUUCAACGUCAUGAAGGCAUACUCUCUGGUGGAUCGAGAGGUGGGCUACUGCCAAGGCAGUGCAUUCAUCGUUGGUCUGCUGCUUAUGCAGAUGCCUGAGGAGGAGGCGUUUUGUGUUUUUGUGCGUCUGAUGCAGGAGUACCGCCUGAGGGAGCUGUUCAAACCCAGCAUGGCCGAGCUGGGCCUCUGCAUCUACCAGUUUGAGUAUCUGCUUCAGGAGCAACUUCCAGAGCUCAACGUCCAUUUUCGAUCCCAGAGUUUCCACACUUCCAUGUAUGCCUCGUCCUGGUUCCUCACCCUUUUCCUCACCUUCCUCCCUCUUCCUGUCGCCACCCGCAUCUUCGAUAUUUUCAUGUAUGAGGGCCUAGAGAUUAUCUUCCGUGUGGGCCUGGCCAUCCUGCAGUACAACCAGACUGACCUCAUUCAGCUGGACAUGGAGGGCAUGUCGCAGCAUUUCCAGAAGGUGAUCCCCCACCAGUUUGACAGCUGCACAGAUAAGCUGAUCCUCAGGGCCUACCAGGUCAAAUACAACCCCAAGAGGAUGAAGAAACUUGAGAAAGAAUACACCACAAUCAAGAACAAAGAAAUGGAGGAACAAAUUGAGAUCAAGAGGUUACGCACAGAAAAUAGGCUGCUGAAGCAGAGGAUCGAGACACUAGAGAAGGAGAGUGCCGCUCUGGCAGACAGACUGAUACAGGGUCAGGUGACGAGGGCACAGGAAGCCGAGGAGAAUUACGUGAUCAAGCGGGAGCUGGCGGUGGUGAGGCAGCAGUGCAACACAGCCAGCGAGAACCUGGAGAAAGCACAGGACACCAUCAGAGAGCUGCAAGAACAGAAGUACACAGAGCCGUUUGUGACCGACCUGCAGAUGCAGCUGGAGCAGUCCAGAAUGCAUGAGGCCGAACUGUUGGGGGCGCUGAAAGAAAUGCAAGACAAGGUCCUCGAUCUGGAGAAGCGAAGCUCUUGCCUGCCUGAUGAGAACAACGUGGCGGCUUUGCAGGAGGAGCUGAAGCAGAUAAAGCUGAGGGAGAUGGAGACGCUGCGCUCAUUCAGAGAGAUGCAGGACACCGUCACUGAUCUCAACCAGCGCUGGCAGAACCAGAUCCACAGCAAGCUGAUUGGUCGCAACGAUCAGGAACGCUCCGCACUGCAGGACCGGAUCCAGAUGCUGGCCAAUCAGAACAAAGCUCUCCAGGCCCAGCUCAACGAGAUGAAAAGGAAGCAGUCCGAGCACGACUGCAAGAGUAAAGAGGAGGUGAUGGCGGUUCGACUGAGGGAAGCAGACAGUAUGGCUGCCAUGGCUGAACUCAGGCAGAAGGUUGCUGAUCUUGAGAUACAGAGGGAGGAAGGGCUGAUCCAGGGCCAGCUGAACCACUCAGACUCCAGACAGUACAUCAACGCGCUGCGGGAUCAGAUCGCUGAGCUUAAGAAUGAGAUCAGGCAGAUGCGAGGGCAGAAGGCCGCCCCCAGCUCCAGGGUGAGCAGUGGAGGAGGAAGUGCCAACUACCAGGAUCUCUGUCUUACCAGCCCCACCUCCGCAGAGGGGGACUACCUAAGCUCGGACGAGGACCUCCUCCCCAGCCCGCUGCCUCCCAACGCCCUGUACCCCAGCCUGUCCAGCCAGUGUCACCCGUCUGCCUGCCUCGAUAGUGAGGGCAGCACAGACAGCGAGGCAGAGGAGCGGGUUCUGACACAUCCGGACCCUCAGCAGCUGUAUGGCAGCAUGGUGUGCGCCGAGGCGCUGGAUAACUGAGACCUGGAGAGGGGGUGAAGGUUUCUUUUGCUUUCUUUGAACUAAAGAGAUGCCAGAGCUCUACAGGACAAGACUUUGCUUCUGUAAACACGGGCUGUAUAAUCCUACUCGCUUCUCCAGUGUUAACAUCGAUGCAGACAUUGUGGCAUUGAUUGGGCCUCUCCUGAUCAUUACUCCCCAUUCAUCUCCACCAUCGUGUUCCCCACGCUGUCCAUUCCUAUGUUCCCUGACAAAGACAAACAACUCCAGACACCAUCCAAACAUAAACAUGUAACACCCAAUAAUAUGGACUGAAUCUGGGCCAAUGAGACUGCUGUUGCCUCUCGCUGCUCGAGAUCGCACAGCAGACCUGGACCUGGGACUUUGAGGAGGACUGAAACAUGGGUAGACAGAAAAUAACUCCCUAAGCUAAGGUGACACUGGAUGCUCGGUCUACCCUAUGCUCUUCUUCCUGAUUGGUUCAGAGUUAUUUAUCCUGUAUUUUCCCUUUUUAUGCUCUAAAUUGGCAGAAACACACAAAAAAAAUCUAUUAGUGAUCAAUUUACCUUUCGGUAGUAGAGAAGUAUCAGAAAUGAAAAGUUGGUGAGUGUGAGAGGAAGAGGUGCAGUGCAGGAAUAUAAACCCAUCAAACUGAAGGGAUAUCACAAGAUUGCAUUCAGUAAUGAAUCAUGAACUCUUUAACAUACUAUGUGUGCUGUCUGUCUGUGGCUUGCAGAUGACAAGAAGCCAGGCGAGUUAAUACAACACCUCAUAUCAAAACUUAUUCAUCAUGACCCAAGAAAAGAAAGGAAGAAACUUAAUGUUGCCAAAUCUUUUGUUUUUGUCAUUUUUAAUUAUUUAUAUAUGUUGUAAUUUAUUUUGAUAUUCUUAUUUUUUUUAUAUAUAUGUAUAUGUAACUAUAGGAGUGUAGAUACCGACAGAGGCCAAACUUUCUACACCGUCCUUUGUGCCAACGAGUCGUCUGUUACAGGUUUACUUACUGUGAGUGUUUCAGAGACUAAAAUGUGCUGCUAUGAUUUUGAAUUUAUUUAGUUUUUCUGUAUUUUUUUGUGUAAUAUUUUAGAGGUCAACAUGUAACCUCCUGUUACCAUAGAUUCUGUGACGGCUACUGUGCAGACUGAUCAAAUCCUUAAAAAACUGAACAUUGAAUAACUUGAUUAUUCCCUGCGGAGCUAUUGUGCUUUUUCUUCAAACGCAUAAUCAUUGUUUAUGUGCAAUUCAAAAGGAAUUGUUUGACAUUUAGGAACAUUAAGUUGCUUUCCUGCUGAAAGUAAGAUGAGAAGGUUGACACCACUUCCUUAAAAGUCUGUAAAAAAAAGAAAAGAAGCUACAGCCAGCAGAUAGUUAGCCUAGCUUAGCCAUUGCAUAUUCAUCCAUCAUUUUAAAUUUAAAACGUUUUUUGACAUGAACUGACAUUUUAAAAUGGCACACUAAAGUAACAGUAACAAAGAAGAAUAUGUUAUAUCAUAAAGUCAGUGAACUGACUCAGAAAUGUCAAUUAAAUGUACAGCUACAAUGCAAGAGCUACCUGGUGUUUGCUAAUGUUAGCUUAUUAACUACAAAUAAGGGUGAUGCAGCUAGCUUAAUCCCUUGAGCAAACAUGCAAUAUGGCUUAGUAUGUUUACUUUGAACUUGUAAAAGGAAGAUUUGGUAUUUCCCUUUUCAAAGUCACAACUUUUAAUUAGUUAGCAUCAGAGCCAGGCUGGCUGUUUUCUCCUGUUUGCAGUCUUUAUGCUAAUAUAAGACAACCAACCCCUGUAGCUUCAUAUCUAACAGACAGGCAUGACAGUAUUCUCAGUCCUCGUUCUCACCCAGAAUGUCAAACAAUUCCUUCAAUUGUCAGUGUCCCAUACAAGCCCAAAGAAAUUCAGGUAACAGUGCUGAUCUGUACUCUCCAGUUCAAAUGCUCAUAUCACUUUUUGACAGCUAAAACUGCAGCAUGUGGGCCGAUGAAAGUGGAGAGUAGUUUAAAUAUCGAAAGGGAUAACAGAGAGGGUCUGGGUGAAAAAUAUUUUACAUAUCAAACGUUAAUAUAUUCUGUGUAGAGAAAAAGGGUUGUAAAAUGUAUGGAGAAAUAUAAAAUAUACAGUGUAACUGGCACAAAGUAUAAGGAAACAAUUUAAAGCUGUGUCACUGUCUGUCAAGUUUUACUGAAGAUGUUGAGUUUGUAUAGAUAUAUCAAACAGGGUGACAAAUGUAGAGCAGUGACCGCUCUUUUCACUACAGAGAAAGAGGAAGUCUGCUUAUGAAGUUAAGCAAUGCAAAAUGGUGUCAAUGAUCAAUUAAUUUCUUAUUGUAUUCAGCUCUGCAGGCUUGACGUUAUCUAAGUAUUGUGAUUCAAAAUCAUCCAUUCUGACUUUGCCUUGCACUUCAGUUUCUUUUUCAGAUUUUCUGUAAACUCUCAAAAGACCGACUUUCAUUACUAACGUUUCUGUGAACCAAAUGAAGGAAUGUCAAAGAAGAGGAUGUCUGCAGUCUUCUAAGAAAUAAGGAAAGAGGAUGUUGGUUUGCCCACCAUACUGUUGCAAAUAACAGCUUUUAUUGGUCAUUGAGGGGUGUAGCAACUGAAAUCUACACUAGAAUAAGUGUUAAGGGUGCUCGGUGCUGUCACACCAAAUGAGUGUUAAGUUAUUUGUCCAACUGGCAGCAGCUCUUUAAUUGAUCAGACUUACAGUAGGCUGAAUUCCUCACUUAGUAGAGUUAUAAUCCUUAAGAUCAUUCCAUUAAACAUAUUUUAUUACAACACAUAUUUAUGGCUCUUAUCAUAUAAUCACAUUUAUUUGACUGAUGGAUGAAAGGAUUAACUGGAAAAGAUGGAUUUUCGCAUUGGACCUGAUGCAUGCUAUUCAUGUGAUGCACAAGGCAACAUGGGUCUGAAAACAUAGGCGACUUUCAUUCUCUCAUGUUCCAGUAAACGCUUUCAGAAAUACUUGACACAUGGUCUCACUUAUUUUCAUUGUAUAACGUGACCCGUUACUCUUCUUUCUUUUUUUUUAAACAUUGUGAAGCUAUCAGUCCUGUGGGCCAAUUAUUAGUUUGGCUCUGGUGUGAACAAAUGGAAAAUGUGUUCUCGUCUUUUGCAUUUCUGAGUAACCACUUGGAGCAUUUCUAUCUGAUCGCUGGGAGCUUUUUCAAUAAAACAUCCCCAUCACUUACUAAGUCAGAUGAAUCACUAACUCAAAUCUUUAGGAUUUUAAAUAAAUUAUUUUAAUUUAGAUUUAAGUCUGACAUUUAGGAAGCUUUUAUUCAGUGCUGAGUAUCAGUUUCCUUUCCAAAAUGAACCCUAAUCUGUAGUAAGAUCAGUGCUCAGUGUCUUAAACACAUUGCGACACAGUGAUGGUGCUCUGUGCUCACCACUGUCUGAAUACAACUCUAUCUACUGUGACAAAAACCUUUUGAUAUGUUUGUAAAUUACUUUAAAUAUGGUACAAGCUCUCAUCCUUAGUAUUAUUCUUAUAAUUACCAGCCUACUUUGGUUUCUCCUGCUAACAGCAUUACACAAGACGAUAUUGAUUAAACAUCCUAAUGUGCCAUACAGGUAGGUCGUUUUACACACUUGCUUAGCGACUUCAUGUUAGUUUACCAAGUGUUUAAUUGACAGUCAGCCACUACAGCCCUUCAUUAAACAGCCAUGUAAUAUAAAGUGAUGUGUGGACUGAAAUACGCUCACACUGUGUUGCUACAGAUGUAUCAUCUUGAAACUGGAUUAUCCAAAAAUUGCCCUGAUCUAAAGUGGGGGGAAAA